AGGCCUUUAAGUUAGUUGGUUUGGAAAUCUCGUUGACAUCGGUUGUAUGGUGAUGCGCGUUUAGGAUCACCUUAAGAAAAACAAAAAAAAAAAAAAAAUAGUUAACGAAAUUUGGAAAAUAAAUUUUUUUUUGCGAUCUUUGAAUUGAAACUGAGGCUUUAAUUGGCGUCAGGGCGAUAGCUUGUGGUCAAUAUGGUGGAAAAAGCGCUGAUGAAGCGUCCCGCUUCGAGUACGCCACCCAGUUUGGGUGUUUAUCAUUAUUACCAUUCGGACUUUUACUACUCCAUGCCGAAUAUAAGCAAGACUGACAAAAUGCAAGGCGUCAAGCGGGUGGUGGUCUUUUGCAUACUGAUCGUCAUACUGCCUUCUGCAUUAAUUAUCAUACCGCUCUAUCUACGCCGCACCGCCUUCGCCGAUGUUGUUUAUCCCGUCGCCGAGUCGGACAUAAUUGAGAUACGUGACGGCAUCUCAUCGAUCUUCUGCCAGCAACAUUCACUGCGCAUGAGUUCGAGUUUUAAUGCUUUUCAGCUGCGCAGCAAACCUGAAGUCUCCACGAACCGCAAGCAUAUACGCCUAAAGAAAUCUAUGACGCUGCCCGACGACACCUUGGAGUAUUGGGGUUUCUACUUGUUGAAAGGCGCCAAAGUGCAUUUGAAGUUCUGUUCACGCUAUGACGGUUCACGUAUACUCGUCGUGCGGGGACAACGCAAUUUGAACACCUGCGGACUGCUCGAUCAUAAUCAAAAUAAAUUGGGUGCCAACUUUGCGCAGGGACAUGAAACAGUUAAGGUGUUCUUUGAAGACAUACGAGAAAUGGCCGACAUCAUGCCGGUUGAUGAGUUGGCUGGCGAAAAGAAGACCGCCGAAAGCGCUAUGGAAGAGGAAAAUCAUGGUGGCGAGGAUUCCAGUGAAGAUGCCGAAGAGGAGGCAUUUCAGCGUGCGAAAAUCGCAGCGGCUAUGGAUGCGGCGGCGGCAGCGCUGGCAGCGGCGCCGUCAGCGCGCUUGGAAAGUAAUGAAACGCAGACACCGACGCCGAGACCGACUAAAGUACGCGGUAAAAAGCUGAAAAAAGGUUCUACGAGUACGUCAAGAGGACGCAGACUGCCCUCCAAUGCGCCAGCGACCGCGUCAACACAUCGCUUGGAAAAGCGUGCACAAAAAGCUGAUAUAAGCUCUACGCUCUUGAUGGAAGCUGCGUAUCUGCAGCGGCAUCAAGUGGCGGCCGCUAAAAGGAAACAAGAAGUCUACGAUCAACUCUACAAACGUCGAAAUCGCACCAAGCGCGAACACGUCUACGAUCGCAAGUACAGUCAUGGCGGUAAUGCGAUAAAUUUCACCAUCACCGAUGAAUCGAACUCGGUAUCGAGCUUUGAGACGGGGCUCUUCAACUGCUUUAAUGGCACCAUACUACUAGCGGAGGGUUUCGCGCCCUCCGCCGAGUGUGUUAAUGCGCAUUUCCUAGAGAACGGUUCGCAACGUAUGCUCUCCAAGCAUGAUAUCACCGAAGAUGGUUACUACUAUUAUAUAUUUUAUAGCGAUAACGAUCUGGUGCGUAACGAUAUACACGCGAUAUUCGAUAUAUAUAAGCCGACAUUUCAAUACUCCAACCUAAGCAACUCGCAGGGUUGUGUGAAUGCGACGAAUUGCACAUUUCCAAUCGGUUUUCUAUCCGAUGAACUGGUCGUCGUGGAAGUGCCAACGCGCGACGGUAUCGAGCAUGAGGAGGACGAUAUUACAUAUUUGAUCUCAACGUGCCAUCCGCGUACGGCGGUCUAUGCAAUUUUCCCCAUAGCGGUGUUGAUAUUAAUAUUAAGUUGUUCGUUUUUAUAGUGGGCGUGGCGGGCACGAGGUGUUUUAAGACGAUUUGACGAGUGACGAUUUAUGAUAAUUAAAUUAAAUUUUUUUAAGCAUAAGUGUAGGUGUAAAAAAUGUUAAAAAAAAAUAAAAAAUGGC